AUCGAUACCGCACGGAACCGUACAAAAUUCUUUUGUCUAAUCAACACUGCUUGCGUUACCUCGUGCACUUUCUCGUGGAAGCCAAAACCACGAAUUUUAUUGAUUUUUCGGACUGGUUACCAUAUCCGCCAUUCUGCAUAUCACAAUCGCCUCAUCUCGGGCAGAAUAGGAUUCUAUUAUCAGUAAAAAAGGACAUCUUGUAAAAUAUGAUUACUCCGAUGGCAUGUGAAAAAUACUGGGCGGACAAAGCCAACUAUGAUAGUGCAGAAAAGAAAUACCACGAGUAUGUUGCACAGCUUUCAAUAGUGAAGAAAACAGCAUGCCCUAACCUGACACAGGAAAUAAAAAUUGCAGCGGUUCAGCCAAACUCGGAUGUUUCUAGAAAGGAGGAAUCGUCUACUACAGUUAUCGGUGAAUCUGUUGUACAACAGGAUCAAUCCAAGGUAAAGAAGGACAAAAAGAAAAUCAAAAAGAAUAAAAAGGACGCUUCUCAAUCGCCUGACCCUGCUCCGGUUGCUACCGUACAUCCUGUAGAACCGAAAGUAUCCUCUGCAGUGAUCGCCCCCUUUGUGGCGGAAGAACAACCUAAGAAGCAAAAGAGCAAGAAAAACAAAAAGAACAAACCGAACCAUGAAAGUCAGCCAGGCGUUGAACAUAUCUCUGCUACUAACAAUAAAUCACUAACCGAGAAGGUCCUACAGGAAAAUGCCAAGAAUCUGAAGGAGAAAGAAAAUCUGGCCCACAAGCUGUGUGAUAACAUUACCGAGGAGUUGAGCAAGAUGAAUUCUUUUCCGGCGCAAUGCACUCUGGCGUCUGAAAUUUCCAAAGCUAGACAGCACAUCAAAAAUUCCCUAGAGCGAAUGGAUGGAAUUGCAGCCUUGGCAGCCAGUCCCGGAGCCGAACUACUCGAUCGUUUGUCCAGUGUUGAAAAAGAAAAUGACAAAUUACGUUCCGUCAUAGAUGGUCUCAACAGUCUGGUUAUUGAUUUGCAUGCACGCGUUAAGGCGUUGGAAUCAAAUAAACCAAUCACGGCACAAAAAGCAGCUGUGCCAGCACCGAUAAAGAAAGUUUCAGUCGCUGCAACAGCUGCUGCUGCUGAUGAUGAUGAUGACGUUGAUCUUUUCGGAUCGGAUGACGAAGAAGAAGAUGCAAAGGCGGCGGAGUUGCGCGAAAAACGUCUCGCCGAAUAUGCUGCCAAAAAAUCGAAGAAACCUGCCCUCAUUGCCAAGUCCAAUGUCAUCCUCGAUAUUAAACCGUGGGACGAUGAAACGGAUAUGAAGUUAAUGGAGCAAGAGGUCCGCAAAAUCACUAUGGACGGUUUGCUACUGGGUGCAUCCAAACUAGUUCCGCUGGCAUACGGAAUUCACAAGCUGCAGCUUUCCUGUGUCAUUGAGGACGACAAGGUAUCGGUGGAUGAAUUGCAAGAAAAAAUCGAACAGAUUGAAGACUACGUACAAAGCGUGGAUAUUGCUGCUUUCAAUAAGAUCUAAACCAGUUUUGUACACUUCUUAGAAGUACACCUCCCUACACAAACUAUGCGACCAUGCUUCCUUUCAAAUUGAAAGUCUACUAAGAAAAAUGUAUCGUACACCAACAACAUGUUUUAAACUUUCAGACUAUUACAAUACAAAUGAUUGAAAUAGAAA